ACCAUUCCACUUGGGUCACGGAUUUUAACUGAUCCUACUAAAGUUUUUUAACAUAACAUUUGGGACCACAUGCAGUGGUCACAAGAAGAAGAAAGAGCCAGGGAAAAAGUAGCAGAGAACUCACUUGUGAAAGUUCAACUGGAAGAUCAAGGUAAAUAUGAGCAAGAAGCCAGCAAAUAUUGGAAUGCAUUUUGCAAGACUUAUAAAAAUAACUUUUUCAAGAAUCGUAAUUGGCUGUUUCUGGAGUUUCCAGAAAUUCUUCCACAAGGAAAGAGAAUUGAAUGGAAACAGAGGGAAAAGAUCAAAAUCAUGUCAGCAUGAAUUGUAAGCCAUGCCAUAUCUGCAAUUAUUCCUGGAAUGUUGGAAGAAGACAAAUAUUCUUGCCAGAACAGUUCAGAGAACUGCUUUACUUCUGUCCAAGGAUGUACAUACACCAAAAGACAAAUGGAAUCUGUUGUUGAUAAGCAUCACAUGAACUCUGAAAAAGAACCUGGGAAGCUAGAAUCUUUCCCUGGUAGCAAUGCUACUUACAGAAUACUAGAGGUUGGUUGUGGUGCUGGAAACAGUGUAUUUCCUAUUUUGAAGGCUCUACGAUAAGCUGUUGAUACACCUGGGGGCUUUCUGUACUGUUGUGAUUUUGCUUCAGGAGUAGUGGAGUUGGUAAAGUCACACUCAUCCUACAAUCCAGCCUGGUGUUCUGCCUUUGUUCAUGAUGUGUGUGAUGAUGCUUUACCCUACCCUUUUCCAGAUGAGAUCUUGGAUGUCAUUCUUCUUGUCUUUGUGCUCUCUGCUAUUCAUCCUGACAGAUUGCAAGGAGUUGUAAAUAGACUGACUAAAUUACUGAAACCUGGAGGGAUGUUGUUAUUUCAAGACUAUGGAAGAUAUGAUACAACACAGCUUUCUUUAAAAACAGGCCACUGUUGGUCAGAGAAUUUUAAUGUCCAAGGAGAUGGUACCAGAGCUUAUUUAUUUACCAAAGGUGAGGUACACAAUAUGUUCACCCUAGCUGGACUAGCUGAAGUGCAGAAUCUAGUUGAUCAAUGAUUACAAAUCAACAGGAAGAAAAAGGUGAAAAUGCAGUGAGUUUGGAUACAAAGCAAGUUCUAAAAAACCAUUGCAGCUACCUCAGAAUAGACCUGAAGAUGCCAAUAGGACUCCUCAUGGCUAAACAUACAGAGAUCAAUGCAAGGCUGAAAGUGUGCAUUUCCUAUAAGUUCUGUUAACUUCUGAAAAAGCAGGAUAAAAGUUCUAUUGAAAGAUUUGUUUUAAUAUAUUUUAUUAAGUGAACUUGUUCAAAAGUAAUCUGGAUAAAUAUGAUGUGUACCCUAUGGUUUUUUUUGUACAUAAUAAAAGGGAUAUACACUAACUUGUUCAUAUCUCAAUGACGUUUCACUGUUUGAUCUCUUUUGAAAAUGAAUAAUCAGACACUAUAUAAAUAUGUAACCAAUUAAGCUCCUGCUGUAGCUCACAAUUUGUAAAGAGUGCACUACAUGGGAAUGGAAUUGUUUUGGAUGGUUAGAACACAGGAAUGACAUUACAGUCAGCACAAGCCCAGUUAUCUCUCUUCGGAAGAAUCACAUCUCCUGCACUACAGCCACUCUUCAUCUCAUGACUAUGUCCUCCUGUCUCUUGGUUUAUGAAGAAUAUUCAGGUUCAUCUACCUCCAUCAGAAGGUGGGUUCAUUUGACAACUGGCUCUGUACUUUUCCGGCUUGGUAUAAAGACUGGGUUUUUUUCCUGUAGCAGCAUGCACUAUGUCCUGUGAGGGGUAGUAGUCAAAUCCUUCUCUUUCAACUCAUUUACUCUAAUUAGCUAAUGUUUCUCUGAACUCUGCUUUCCAGCAAUAUUCUCACAACAAAUAUACUAAUUUCAGUUUCUUAUCCUCUCCCCAUCAAGUUACCACACUCAACCUCUAAUGUUAAAUAUAAUUAACUUAAAAAGGAAUGUCUUUAAGUGAGGGAGCUGUGUCCAGUAGCCAUGUAGCAUCAGGGGGUGGAGGUUGAGUGAAAAGAAGUUAGUUUUGGGAAGGAUGUAGAACUAGAGGUUGAAGGCAGGGUUAAGUUGCACUUUAUAGAUUAUCUAAAUCAGAGAUUUAUAGCAUAAGCUUUUGUGAGCCCAUGCUCACUUCAGCUUGUUUGUUUUAGAUAGAUAAAAAUAUGAAUUCCAAAGAUAAUAACCAGUUUUUGCGUUGGAUUUUAUUUUCAAGGAGCAUAUUGGGAUCAACCAGAAGUCUGGAGUGAGAGAAUAAGAGGCAAGUUUCAUCACAGUCAUUGCAUUGAAGGUGUUUCCUGUUAAUAAUAGUUGUAUCAUUCUUAUGAAGUCACUGACUUUUGGCCUCAAAGUUAUUUUCCUAUAUUAUUAUCUAAUAGGCUUAUUUAGCUCAUGAUAUGAUUUAUUACCUCAUAAAUAGGGAACAUUGUCAGGUUAAUCUAAAUAGUCUGCAUGUAUUUAAAGAAUGCUGACAUGGUAUAAGUAUUUAGACUGCUGGAUUCAGAUCAGUGUAUUUUACCAUUUCAAAGAUAUACUUAUUCCAGUGGUUCUCAACCUUGUGAGACACAAGGUACCCUUCAGAAAAUGCCAGUUCUAUCUUUCACCCAUUUUUUGACUACAGAAAAAUAAUAAAGCAAUUAUUUUGUCGCAAAGAACUCAGAGGGCAUCUCUACACGUGAUGGAUCGCUGCUCCAAUGCAUGCUAAUGUGUAUUCGCUGUCCCCGUAUUUCAAAAUGGCUACAUGAAUGCUUUAAGUAAAGCUCAUCAACUGAGCUUUAAAGCACCCCCACCACAAUUUUUUGUGCCAGACACUGAAUACACAUGAUGCUGCAGAAACUUAAUUAGAGCGGCUCUCAGAGCCCCUCUAAUUAAAGUGCGCCCCCUCCAUACCAGAGCAUGUGGAUAGAUGCCCAGUAAGACCACAGUGGGUCAGAACACUUUUGAUACUCUGGAUUUCUAUUUAAAGCCACUGUAUUUACCUUGUGAAUCGUGUAGGUGUCUGCAUGCAUAACUGCUAGUACUGAGUGGCAUAUUCAAAGACAGGAGUAAGUAUUGCUAAGAAGCAUGUUUUCUUUCCUUUGUCAGGCUGGUGGGAUUGGUAUCAACUUUAACUAAUUUUCCUUUUUUUAUCUGAGUCCAGCCCACUCAAAUCAGUGUGUGCAUGUCUGUGUGCAUGUCCUCCCAAGGAUUGCACCCUUGACAUAGCGGAGAGGCUUCUACACUACCAAGAACCUCAAGAGUGAGGCUGUCUGGAGUUUUGUACUCCUGAUAGGGUAAUCCAUGGUGGCAAGGUCAAGAGCGAGAUUUCCAGAAUGAUAGCAAUCCAAAAAUAAAAGUCUUCCACAGAGGCGCAGGCAUAUGAAGAAAGAAUAUAUCACCAUGGCUGAAAAAGCAGAUGAAAGCUGCAUGGAAUAGAAACCUCUAGUCAUCUAGGUUUUUCUUGCCAUUGGAUUCAAGUUUCCUUCCCAAAGAAUGGUGUGGUUGUUGAUGUGCAAUAGCAUUCCCACUUUACAAGAAGACAGGACAUCUUACUUCAACAGUGAGUCCUGUGAUGAUAGCUGAGUGGUGAUGGGGGCAGGUGCUAGCAGUUACCAGAAGCCCCCAGUUAUGGACCCACAUGGAGGCAAUGACUGUAUGAUGGUCAUAGAAUCGUAGAAAAUUAGGGUUGGAAGGGACCUCAGGAGGUCAUCUAGUCCAACCCUCUGCUCAAAGCAGGAACAGUUAUUAAUUAUGUUAAUGUUAUUAAUAUUUAGUCUCAAAACAAGAAAUAUUAAAUGUUUUAUUUCUUUAUUUUGGAAUAUAGAAUAAAAUAAAGAUGUCUAAAUGUAACUGCAGGAUCAUAAAUUGGAAAGAUAGAGCAUAAUUAACAUAUAUUUAAAAUACCUUAGUUUGUGACUUGAAGAUCAUGUAUAAAAAGAGAACCAAAUUGAACUGUCCUUAAUUUGUAUGGAUAGGGCCCUACUGAAUUCACAGCAGAAGUGGGCUGUGCUGCAGUUCCUUUAAUCUUGAAUGUUCUUCCUUCCCUGUCCCUCCCCACAAACCCUAAAUUUGGCUGCAGAUUUUAGGCAAUUGUAGAAUUACCCUGGAUUAAGAAGUAGUGAAUAUAAAUAUAUCUGCUGAUAUUUUAACUUGCUGAGCUACAUUGUUAAAAUGGGUCUUGAGUUAAAACCUGACACAGGAAGUAUUUCAGCUAUGGAAGUUUCUAGGUGGCAGUCGUAAGGGUGAUGUUACAGUUUAUUCAGCGUGGGUAACAUAGGCCCAGAUUGAUAUGAUCCUAUUGACAUCAAACCUUAACAACAAGGUGGUGGUUCUGGCAGGAUUUAUACUUUUUAACUUUUUAGUUUUAAUAAGAAGAAACUUAAACUUGAAGAAACUUAAACUUGCCUUUUAGGAGCGAGUGACAGAAUUUUCUUUACAGUCUUGAGCAGCGUUAGCUUUACUUAUUGGCCAUUUCUCCUCCCUGCAUUCAAGUUAGAGCACGAAAUGGUGCCUGUUUCAGUACAGUCGGAUAGGCUACUAAACAAGGACUGUUCUCAAUUCAAUGGAAAUAGAAUUAUAAGAGAAGUUUGAAAUGUUGUAUAACCGACAAUAGGUGGAAUAGAAGAUGCAUAUUUUUUCGCCCAAUGAGAACGUUAAAGUGUUUAAACUGGAUGACACUUUAUAUAUCUUGGCUUUGUGAAAUUUAUCAAAUGGUAAUCAAGCUCAUGAUGACAAAGCACUCUCGGGCUGGCAUGGAGAACAUAUAUUACCAGUAUUGCCAAAGGAAGAUUGGAAGUAGUUGUUGGAACAGGAGGAAAGAAAAAACCAUGGAGAAUUAUAGUGGAAAAUAGAACAUGAAAUAAGGCUAAUAAUGAAUGUACAGAGAAACUGAAAGUGAGGCUAUAAUGUACAGAUCUGCUUAGUGUAGGCUAAGGAUGCAAAAUAGAAAAAUGCUGCUGCUCUUCUGAAAUGUAAGCUUAUUCAUUAAUGAGGCAUGUAUGUGCCUCUUAUUCUUCUUUGGGAGACACAGCCUUUUUGUGUCAACACAUCUUUAGGUCUUGAGCUCAGUGUUAGCACUCAGAGCAGAUGAUAGCAGGUGUGGUUUGGUAAAGUAAUUUUGACUGAGCAAAACUUUAAGAGUGAAAAUACAAACACGCUGGAAUCAAGCAUUGGUUUCUGGCAGUGGUAUUUACUUUUUUGCUUAGCUCCCACAUACCUUAUUAGAUCUAUGGUAAGUGGAGGGAACAUACCAUACAGGUCUACCAAGAUUUCCAGGUAAGUUCAGAACAAAAGGCUACUUCUGUUAAGAAAAUGACAACCUUGGUUACUAAAAUUCUAAUUCUUAAGCGAUUAGUCCACAAAAUUGCCCAGUUUCUUAACAGAUGCUAUUAAAGGCUCAGUUCCUAUGAAUGGCACCAUGAUUGUGCAUAUUAUAAAACCAGACCAGAAGACCUUCUGCAUCUCAGGAAACCAAGCAGACCCCAUGACAUCAAAGAUCACUUCCUACUUUUGUAUGUGAAAACUGUCAUGAAAGCAAAAGCUUGGGUGCUCUGUCUUUUGAAUAUUCCUCAACUAAUCUGCAGACCCUAGAGAAGUGGUUUUCAACUUUUUUAGACUCAAGUCACUUCCCCCCCUGCUCCCAGGAAAGUCAAGGCACCCCUUGAAAAAUGCCAGCUGUUAGUCUUCAUUCAUUUCUUGACUACAGAAAAGUAACAGGGCAAUUCUUCUGCCACAAGGAACUCAGAAAGCCCAAAAGAGGUCAGAAUGAUUUUGACACUAUGGACUCCUAUUUGAAAUCUCAGAAUUGAUCUUAUGAAUCUUUGCACACCUAGUAUUGUGGCACAACACCCUGGUUAAGAAUCACUGCUCUAGAGUUUUCAGAUUGUUGAUAAAUUGUUUUAAGUUACCCUAUGUGACGGGUUGGCUGGCAGUGACCUAGCCCAGGGGUUUUGAAAGUGCAAAAGAUGAUUGGAGGACUUGGGAUUCCCUUUCCUCACCAAUCAGGCCCCAGAGACUCACCCCUCAUGUCCCCUGAUUGGCCCCUUGGGUCACCUGGAGGGGGAUAAAAGGGGCAGCAUGGCUGACUCAGGGAAGAGACCAGUGAGGGACUACGAGGAAGGAGCUUCAAAGAGCUGGCAAGAGCUGAGCCAGUGGGGCAGAAGCAGUUGCCCCAGAAGAGCCUGAAGGAGCAGGACCUGCAGGCAGCAGUUGGACCCUCAGCAGUACAGUGUGUGGCCGGCAGGAGAGGCUUCCUGCUGGGCUCCAGGAUCUCCUACGAGAGGCUGUGACCAGCAGGAGAGGCUCCCCCGCUCCAGCAAGGAUCUGAGCAGCGACCUGAGGGGUUCCCAGCCCUGCUUCCAGCUCCUCCAAUCAGAGACCAGGCAGCUCUUCAUGAGGCCGGGGCUCCAGGAAGGUCAAGACCCCUAGCAGCUUGAAGCAGUUCCUACACUGGUGGCUGUGUGGCAGUGUUUCUGCCUACCACAUGGGAGAUCCAAGUUAAAGUCCCAGCUGUGGUGACUUGGGGUGAAUGAGCUAACAAGGAGAAAUUCCUCUUGCAGUGGAAAGGGGCCACUAUGUUUUCCCCCUUUCUCCCCUUCCAGGUACCUAGGCCCUAUAUUUCUUUGUCCUUUGACAUUUUGUAUUUUGUGCCUUUUCAUAUUUCACCAACCAGUAUUGUUUGCUCUGCUGUUUGUGUUUUAUAUUUUGUUAACCCUGUCUUUUGUCAAUGAUUGUAAGUGUCUAACCUUUGUUGAAUCCUACCCCCUUGGGGCAUUGUGGUGUCCAGUAUACCCCCUGAUUUAUGCCUGUUAUGUUCCCAGUAUUGUUCCCUCAUUAAAAGGUAUAUGGUUAAGUCCCCA